UCCUGCUGCUGGCGAUGCAAGGAGCUGUGGAGCAGUGAGGAGGUCAAGACUUGAAAGAAGACAAAAGCUGGCGCUGCUGAAGAUGAGCGCGGCGUUUCUCCUGCUCUUGGUGUCCACCGCCAACGUCGGGGCCGUGCUGGAAAAGGCUCUGCCGAGACGGGAAACACGGCGGCUCUCGUGUGUGCGAUGCUGCGGGCCUUCGGAGCAGCCCAUCUCCAUCAUCUCCUCCCGAUACACGAGGAUGAGCAGCGACCCUGCCUAUUCGGUACCCAAAGUCCAGCCCACUAUCGAUAUCACCAUCCUCAAAGGUGAGAAGGGCGAAAUGGGAGAGAAAGGGUACCCUGGAGCAGUUGGGAAGGAAGGAGAAAGAGGGUUGCGUGGCCUUAAUGGACGGAAGGGACAGAAAGGCCAGCCUGGCCCACAAGGCCACUCCUGCAAGCAGCUCUACGCUGCUUUCUCAGUGGGUCGGAGGAAAACCCUUCACAGCUCAGACUACUUCCAGCACGUCACUUUUGACACCGAGUUUGUGAACCUCUACAAGCACUUCAAUAUGUUCUCGGGGAAGUUCUUCUGCUAUGUGGCAGGAAUCUACUACUUCAGCCUCAACGUCCACACCUGGAAUUUCAAGGAGACCUACCUGCACUUGAUGAAGAAUGAGAAAGAGGUGGCCAUCCUCUACGCCCAGCCCAGUGAUCGGAGCAUCAUGCAGAGCCAGAGCCUCAUGCUGGACCUGCAGGAGGGAGAGGAGGUCUGGGUGAGGAUGUUCAAGCGGGAGCGAGAAAAUGCCAUUUAUAGCGAGGAGUCUGAUGUUUACAUCAUCUUCAAUGGCCAUUUAAUCAAGCCAGCUGUAGAGUAG